AUGUUUACUAAUUUUUAUAAAAAAACACCUACUAAAUCAUCGAUAUUAUCCGAGCCAAUAUCAAUUUCUCUCCAAAGAGAAGUAGACAAUUAUACUAGAAAAUUAGAAUAAGAAAAGCGCCGUUUAUAUGCUUUAGAAGAAACCUAUAACAUGGCUCAUAAAGAGAAUUUGUAGAAGAAAUAAAAAAUAAAAGAAUUAAAAUAGUAACAACAAGAUAUAUAAAUUAAACUUUUAGAAACUCAAAUAAAAAGCCAAAAAUCGUAAAUAGAUUAAGCAAUAAGCAAAUAUAAUGAAAACGAAACUGAAAACGAUAAAUUAAAGCAAGAAAUAAACUCUUUGAGGAAAGAAAGAGUACUUCAUUUAUAAGUUAGUGAUAAAUUAGAAGAGAAUAUGCAAAAAGCUUAAAGGCAAACCCUUAAUAUAUUAGCUAGUAUAGAACAUAAUAAAGAGAAAACAGAAAAAAAUAAAGAACAAAUAUUGAAAUUACGCUAAUUAAACGAAGAAGAUAAAAAACUAACAUUAAAUAAAUACGAAGAAGCUAAAAAAAAAAGUGAAGAGGAAAGACCAAAAUACGAAAUAUUAAAAUCCGGAAACAAAAAAGAAAAUUACGACUAAGACAUAGUAUUAACAUAAGAAUUAUUAAAAAAAAGACUAAAACAUUUAAUAGCUUGUAAUAAAGAAAAAGUAAAAGUAAUCGAAUAAUAUUCCAAAAAUCUAAAAGUAAUAGAAGAGGCCUUUUCCUAAAUAUAAGAAAAUACAGGAAUAAAUGAUAUAGAUGAAAUAUCAAAUACAUUCAUAAAAAGUGAGGAAUAGAAUUAUUCUUUAUAUAAUUAUGUUGAUAUAUUAAGUUAAGAUAUAGAUAAUUUAGAGUCUUUUAACUAAGAGUUACAUAAAAAAUGCCAAGACUAAAUUAAAGAAAAUGCUGCUAAAGAAAGAGCUCAAUUAUAAACACCUCUGGAAGAAAAAUAAUAUAAAAAACUAAAAAAUAUAAUAUAAGAAAAAUAAUAAAAUAUCGAAUAAGUAAAUAAUAUGAUAAAGGAAAUUAAACCUAGUGUUUAGGAAAUUUUAAUUGAUUUAUCUAAAAGUGGUUUAAAUGAAAAUCAGAAUAAAAAAUUCGAUUAUGAGAUCGGAUUCGAUUUAACUGAAAAUAAUUUAGAAUAUUUUCUUGCUGAUAUUGAAAAUUACAUUAAUAUUCUUAUUUCUUAUAAAGGAAUGGAAAACGGAGAUAUUAAUAAAAGUUUACAUAUUGAGUAAAUGAGUAUUAAGGAUUCAAAAAAUAAUAAAAAAAAAGAUCUAAAUAAUGAACUUAAUUUAGAUGAAUUUAUUAAUAUUGAUAUUAAUAAAGAAUUACUAUCUCAUAAUAAAUUAAAGGAAAUUGUUAUGGAAGGAAUGGAAAAAAAAAAGGCUAAAAUUUUAUAAGCUUAAUGA